UCGGUGCGUGCACCUGCUCACGCCGCGAUGCGCGCUCACAGCCGGAGACAAGAAACAAGCCAAAAGCGGGAUUUUUACUCACAGGAUUUCAGAGUAGGAGAAGCACAUGAAGCACGCGCGAUGGAGUGAGGAGCAGACGAGUACAGUGAACCUGUGGAGACUCGUGUGGUGCUGAUGUGUGCCUCUCUGUUCUGAGCAGACAUCCCGGGCAGAACCAGGAUGCCCCCAUCACUCUCCAGAGGGACCCCCUGGACCUCAAAAAUCUCACCCCUGAUUCUACCUCUGCUCCUGGGCAUCCUUCACUCUGCCGUUCCCUGCCCUUCUCCAUGCCUUUGUGCCAGCGAUAUCAUCUCCUGUAGCAACCAAAACCUCUCUUCCCCUCCUUUCAAACUCCCUGGUUACUCCUCACGUUUAGAUUUGAGCCAUAACAUCAUCAAGGUCUUGACUACUUCCUGGACCUCCCAAACUCUUCACCGCCUGACAACUUUAACCCUGAACUGGAAUUUUAUUUCUGAGAUCCAAGACAAUGCAUUUGCACCAACUCCUCAUCUCACCCAUUUAGAUCUAUCAUCCAAUCAGCUCGCAGUAUUGAACGCAGCCAUGUUUACUAGCUUAAAAGAGCUUCAAGAACUGUUACUCUUUGGGAACCAGAUUUCCACCAUAGAAAAAGACACAUUUCGAAGCUUGUUAUAUUUGCAAAGACUAUACCUUUCAAGGAAUUUGCUUACACAGUUUCCUAUUGAACUUUAUGAACAGCAAAAUGGACCUAAGAAUUUGACUUUUUUAGAUUUGUCAGCCAAUCAUUUGUCACACUUGCCAGUACAAAAGUUACUUUCUUUACAUGAUAAAAGUGAGAUUUAUUUGCAGGAUAAUCCUUUAGUUUGUGAUUGCCCUGUACGAGCACUGAUGGAGUAUUGGACAUGGAAGCAGUACCGACCCAUCAUAGAUUUUGGGUCGGGGUGCAAAGACGGAGGGGAGUUUGAGUGCAGUCUACAAGAAAAUCCCACCGUACAAGAUGGAGAAGAUGUUUAUGAGUAUCAGGUGGACCCCGGGAGAGAGCUUUCAGUACCAUGUCCAGGAAUCUCAACUGCCCAGGAGGGGGCGCUGGUCUACUGGGUCACACCCCAUAAAGUGUUGAAUUCAUCGGAGUAUAAUUCAAGCAAAGACCCAACUCAGCGCUUCACAGUUCUCCUGAAUGGCACUCUAGAGAUCCACUCUGCCCAGAUGGAGGACUCCGGUACGUACAGCUGCGUUGUUUCCCGUGGGCACCAUUUUGGAUCAGGCGAAUCUCUGGAAGUUACUAUCAUGGUCGGAAACUCAAGUCUGACCUCUUCUGAAGACAAACAUGACCGCAGCUCUGAACACUUCAACACAGCCUUCACUACACUAGCCUCCUGCGUGGUUAGCAUAAUCUUGGUGUUGUUAUAUCUCUACCUGACGCCUUGCCGGUGUGGUAGAAACGGGUGGCGCUGUGGCGGGCGGGCCAUAGUGGUCUGUUCAGAUCCCAGAGAGGUGGAGGAGGGGCAAAGACGAGCCAAUGGGAAGAGAGUGGCAUUUUUGGAGCCCCAGUUGGAGGGGUGUGAUAGAAAUGGGGCGCCGAAAAGUCCCGUUUUGACCCCAGGUUAUGCUGGGACAGAAGGGAUACUGAAGAAUGGAUCUAGGACAGUGGGACAGACCUCCACAGACUCGACUCAUGUGGAAUAAUAAAGACUUCUUUUUAAUCAGAAAGAAAACUGUUUAUGUACUCAUUCUAUCCACUGUGAAAACAUCUGUAAAAUAUAGACUGAGUUGGUGUUCAUAACAGUGACUUUACUGAACCAAAACAAUAUAAUUUAUGAAGUGAUUGGUGAGAGGAGAGUGAAAAAGUAGCCGUACACCUGUGUGCUAUUCACGUUGUCAAAAAUAUUAAGUUACAUUGAUCAUUUUGAUGUGGCUAAAUGGAAAUAGUUAUCUCAAAAGUACUUUUUUCAGUUGUCUGAUGAUGUUUUAUUCCUUUCUGUUGCAUUGUUGGGUAGUUAAACCUGUUAAUAUGUUGUAUUUAAUGUAAAGUGAAGUGCUUAUACAUACAAGUACAUCAAAAUUACUGAUUACUGAGCCAACUGUGCACACUGCCUCUAUGGGCCAACCUGACUCACAUGGUUUUUGGAGGUAUGGGAAGAUAGAGGGAGAAGACGAAAACACAAAACAGGCCUUGUCCAGUCAGAAUUCAUUGCACAUUAUGAAUCAAGUUUGUCAAGACUGCAAGACACCAUUUAACAGAUUGUAAAAAAGAACAGAAAUAAUGGGAUUUUGUUUGGUUUCUAAGCAAGAAGGGAUUUGCAACCACACUGGAAACAAUUUCAUAUUUUAUGUAGGGCAGGUUGGGAGUCUUUGCAGAUCUCUCUAACUCUCAAUCUUAUAACUAAAAUAUGAAAGAGGUCAGUCAUUUUUAUUUCAUUUUUAAUACAGAAAAAAACAUCAUUUUUAAGUUUAACUUCACAGCAAUUUUAAAAGACAGACAGAUAACACAUGGAUCAGGGACAUCAUGGUUAUCUUAAAAUGAAAGUAUUUCUAAUUACCAGUAUAGUAUAGUUCUGAAUGUGAGCGUGUGGGAGCGACAAAGUAAUAAUACAAUAUGGAAUUUAUAGUUUCACAAAAAAAAUUCUGUCAUCUUAAAACUGCAAUAACAUGGACCUCUACCGACCUCUACCUCUACUACUAUAAAUGUCACUACAUUAUUUGGUAUUGUUGUUGAGAAGGUCAUUCCAUAACAAUUCUCUUUAGAGACAAUGCACUGAAAGUUUAGCAUUCUGUAAAGUAUUUCUUUAUGAUACCCCCAGGAUCCACAAACAAUUCAUAGUUUACUACAUCCACAGUGACUUCAAUGGCUGCACAAGGACAUGCAGCUUUUUUUUUAUGUUAGCCAAGAAGUUUCCAUGCUUUAUUUUCAAGCACUAAACGAUGAAUCUUGUUUUUACCUCUGGAGUAAGACCUGUUAUGGUUACAGUGCUUUUGUUUCCACCAUUUCAUUUGGCAUCUGUGUCUGUUUCAUAUGGAAAUACAUGUGUGAAAUAUGUCAACAGUAAAACGCACACGUCAGAAUAAGUAGGUGGUGUUUAAAUGGAGAGGUUGGAGGAGCAUUCAGCAGCAGAAGCGCUCAGAGGCGGCCAUGAUAAAUAUGAUAAUGCAGCUUCAAUGACCCUGAUACUGUCAUUGCUUUGUUCUGUGUAUUUCAAACCACGUCAGUCAUGUUUGUGAAUAUAUGUUGCUCAAACUUCCAUGUUAUGUAAUAUGUAUAUUGUUACAUGGUGUGGGGAAAAU